CGUGCCGCGAGGCGUCGGGCGCCGCAGCUGCCAACCGUUAGCUGGUUGUUGGCGCGCGGGCUGCCCGGCGCGGCGCUCCGGUAAGGCGUGCGUGCGGCGUGGCGGCGGCAGAGGCGCACCCCUCAGGCUCCGGCGUGGCCGAGGCUGCGCUGCCCGCCGAAAGCAAGCCCCGACUCCUUGAUGUGGAGCGUCCGCCCGCCUGGGCACGGUGGCCUCUUUCCAGAAACCGGUUUUGUUUGUUUUCCUUCUAAAUUCGCGUCGGUUCUUGUAUCUCUUCCGAGCGAGGCCUGGAGAGAGUAGUGUGUGUGCGGGCGCGUGGUGCCAGGCGCUGUGCUCAGUGCUUUGCUGGUGCUUUUAAGCUUCUUGCAACCUUCAGGUGCUGAGGGAACUUGGGGGUUGCGGUGGAGCUGUGAAAAAGCCUUUUGGGAAGUUGGACUGACGGUAGCUGUGUCAGCGUGUUGUGAUGCCGUCUCGUACCAACCUGGCUACUGGAAUCCCCAGUAGUAAAGUGAAAUACUCAAGGCUCUCCACAGACGAUGGCUACAUUGACCUUCAGUUUAAGAAAAGCCCUCCUAAGAUCCCAUAUAAGGCCAUUGCGCUUGCUACAGUGCUGUUUUUGUUUGGCGCCUUUCUUAUUAUCAUAGGCUCACUCCUGCUGGCGGGCUAUAUCAGCAAAGGGGAGGCAAACCAGGCCGUUCCCUUCCUGAUCAUUGGCAUCUUGAUGUUCCUGCCAGGAUUUUACCACCUUCGCAUCGCCUUCUAUGCAUACAAAGGCUACCGGGGUUACUCCUACGAUGACAUUCCAGACUUUGAUGACUAGCACCCACAUCAGCCCUGAGGAGAAGAGUCACACACAUGGCUGAGCCCAGCUUUAAGACUUUGAGCAGAAGCUAUGACUAAGGGCUGAGGAAUUCUGCAGUUUGCAGAUGUUAACAAAACAAUGGCCAGAUUUUAUGGGUCUAUCCUAAAGAUGUUAACUGAGCUUACAAAUAGCUAAUUAGGACAUGCUCUAUUUUUCGUCUCCUGGCCCUGGCAGAAGCUCAUGAUGAGUGUAUUCCACAUGAAUAUGUAUCAUGGAAGAGUAGCAGUGUUAUGGGAAAGCAGGAGGUUACUCUGUAGUGGAAAGUGUUGCUGCCACCACUGUUUUUAGAACUGAGCAUUUCUUUAAAUAGUUCUCAUCAUCAAUUUGUUCUUGUGACAAAUGGAAGAAUAUAGUGUGUCAAAUUUCUUAUUACUAAGUAAUUUAUUUUGAAAAUACCUAAGUAUCUUAUCCCCUGUAUUCAUCUCUUAACUUUGCGUUCUAGUGGAAGACCUUGGCAAAAUCAGAUAUCACUGUGGGUGCAUCUGUAAUAUUUUUUACUUGCUUUCUUAUUAACCAGCAACCAGGAAUUUUUUAAACCUCAGAGCAAGUUUUCAAAAUGUAAACACUUUCUGUCUUCACCAAUCCUUGGCCAUCUCUGAUCUGGUUUACCGAUAGGUUGGCCAGCAUAUAAUUAUGGUCAUUCUGUCCUUUGUAGAUCAAGAUGUACUGUAUAUCAUGCCUUUAAGGACUGGACUUUUGGCUGUUUCCUAAGGAAAAAUAUAGAUAAGUGGCUAUUAUUUAGAGUUCAUAACAUCGUUGUUAGCACCUUGUAUUAUGUCGUCAUUCUGCUGAAGAUCACAAGACUUGGCCUGGAUCCCUAGAGGGCUGGACUGCCUUAGUUUGAUUCUGUUUCCGGCUUGCAAAAAGCGUCUUACAGUUAAAAGAAAUUAAAAUGUUAAAAUCUA